AUGAUGCCACUUAAGGAUGAACCCUGCGUUCGGAUUGCCGUUCUAGCGGGUCCACCUAUGGUUGUGGUGGAGAAUGAGGCUCCUCCGUACAAGAUUAGCGGUUUGGCAGUUGAGAUAUUUGAGAUUCUCAUGAAAUAUAUUGGACGUUGCUACGAAUGGGUGGUACCUGAAGAUCACCUGUAUGGGCAUCAACUUCCUAAUGGGUCUUGGACAGGUAUAAUCGGGUAUAUUGUAGAUGGGAAAGCCGAUAUAGGCUUACCUCUGAGCAUCACCUCGGAGCGGCUGAGGGUAUUGCAGUUCACGGAAGUUGUGACCAUGGAAGAGUUCGUUGUUAUUUACAAGCGACCCGACUUGCAAUCCGAUAUCACGGGAUUCAUCAAGCCUUUCGCUCCCAUGGUGUGGCUGACGGUGUUUCUCGCAGCCAUGGUAGUCUGCGCAGUUACCUGGGGUAUUCUCAAGGCGCAGACCAAGCUGACUCGACCUCAGUGGGUUUACACUUCUGAUGUGCUAACCAUUGGGGGCCUGUGGCUUCUCGUGGCCUUCAUCCUGGGCGUGGUGUACCGGGGGAACCUCAAGGCCAUGCUCAUCCUGCCGAAGGUGGAGCUGCCCUUCAACAGUUUGAAGGAGCUAGCUGCCUCUGACGUCAAGGUGUGGAGUCCCGGGAGUCAUAUUGCUUUUCAGAUGAUAAUGGCCGCCCCCCCUGACACGACAUACGGCAUGAUCGCUAAGAAGAGCUUCACCCAUAUGAGGAUCGGAGAAGGGAUCCGAGACGUGUACGAGGGGAAACACGCCAUUAUUUGCUUGUCGUUGGCGGCGCUGGAUAGCAUGGACAAAACAUUCUCGCGAGUAAGAGCAACAGUGUCUGUUCUAAUCACGAGGAUGAAAGAAUUCGGAAUCCUUGACUACAUUAUCCAAAAGAAACUCUCCAACGGAACCCUCUGCAUGAAACCCCCCAGCCAGACCGUGACAAACGGGGUCCUGAGAGCUCUCGAUAUCGUGGACUUCUUCGGAGUGUUCGCCAUCUACGCUCUCGUUUCCCUGUGGAUGACCCUGCCCAUAAAUUUGCCUCUUUGGGAGACAAUCCUGGAUAGAGGAAACCCGUGGGACGAGUUAGAGAUGGCCCGAGGGACUGCCUGGAGACUCGCCCUGAGGGACUCCCGUGCCUGGCAGUGA